AUGUGCUGGCUGCUCUAUUCAUUUCAGAUUUACAUCAGAGUUCUGGAGAUAGCCGAGUAUAUCACUGGUGGAGCGAUGGUGCACCAAACAGAGCGUCCCCACCCACGGUGCACCAAACAGAGCGACCCCACCCACGGUGCACCAAACAGAGCGACCCCACCCACGGUACACCAAACAGAGCGACCCCACCCACCUUACACCAAACAGAGCGACCCCACCCACGGUGCACCAAACAGAGCGACCCCACCCACGGUACACCAAACAGAGCGACCCCACCCACGGUGCACCAAACAGAGCGACCCCACCCACGGUGCACCAAACAGAGCGACCCCACCCACGGUGCACCAAACAGAGCGACCCCACCCACGGUGCACCAAACAGAGCGACCCCACCCACGGUACACCAAACAGAGCGACCCCACCCACGGUGCACCAAACAGAGCGACCCCACCCACGGUACACCAAACAGAGCGACCCCACCCACGGUGCACCAAACAGAGCGACCCCACCCACGGUGCACCAAACGGAGCGACCCCACCCACGGUGCACCAAACAGAGCGACCCCACCCACGGUACACCAAACAGAGCGACCCCACCCACGGUGCACCAAACAGAGCGACCCCACCCACGGUGCACCAAACAGAACGACCCCACCCACGGUGCACCAAACAGAACGACCCCACCCACGGUGCACCAAACAGAGCGACCCCACCCACGGUACACCAAACAGAGCGACCCCACCCACGGUGCACCAAACAGAGCGACCCCACCCACGGUGCACCAAACAGAGCGACCCCACCCACGGUGCACCAAACAGAGCGACCCCACCCGCGGUGCACCAAACAGAGCGACCCCACCCACGGUGCACCAAAAACAUUAA